AACGACACUGAAUCCAAGAACCGAUGAUGAGUUUCUCCUCCGCUUUGUUCGUGUUCGCAAGUGUGACGUUGACACAGCACGGAGAACUGUCCGGAGUUACUACAGGAACCGCGCAAGCUGUCCCCAGCUUUACUCCAAUUUUGUGCCUUCAAGCAUCGAUGCAACGACUAGAAAGGCCAUAAUAAUUUUACCUUCAAAAGACGUUCAUGGGCGACCCGUGCUCCUACACAAACCAGGGUUGCAGGCUAUGGACAGAGGCGCUUACGAAAUGGGCCAGAAAGCGCUCCUCGUGUGCCUUGAGCGGAUUGCAGCAGAUCCUAUCUCACAGACAACUGGGAUGACAUUUAUUGUGGAUUCAGCGGGAUUUAGUUUGGGCAAGCUAAUCUAUUGUAACCUCGGUUACAUGCGACGUUUCCUGGAGUACCUUCAGGACUGCAUGCCAAUGAGAAUGAAAGCGCUGCACAUUGUUCACGAGUCGAAGGCCAUCGAUCUCCUAUAUGGCGCACUAAGGCCAUUUCUGAAACGGAAGCUUACUGACAGGCUUCAUUUUCAUGGAAGCAAUUAUGAGAACCUGCUCAAGGAGGUGCCACCAGAGGCGCUUCCAAAGGAAUGCGGGGGCGAGGUCGAUGCCCUAGACUUCGAUGGCUUCUGGCAUCAAAUGGAUCAAGAAGAAGCACUCUUUGUCGAGAACAAUCACUUUGGUUACGUCGACGGCAAUGCGGAACAUAGUGCCCCGCGGUGAUUUCAAGACAGAUUACUGUGGUUGUGUCCCCCGGGUAUUGCAAUACGAAGAAAAAUGCCGGAGUUGCUCAAUUCUUCGAUUUACUCAGUGAGGAAGAAACCUUUCGUCGCUUUCUCACUGAUCUACGAAAGAAUGUACUGCAACUGUGGGGCAGGAUAACAUUUGUAACAUUUUUUAAAGUUUAUAUAAAAUACGAAGAAAUCAAUCAAUCAAUCAAUCAAUCAAUCAAUCAAUCAAUCAAUCAAUCAAUAAAAAAUUUAAUAGAUGCAAAUGCGUCUGGUCAGGAUCGACUCUCUGGUCAAUGUAAAUAAGCAGUUAACAACUGACGCUACCUCUUGUAUCGCCCCUUCUCCUGCCAGUGGAAGAGAGGAUUGGACGGGAAGUGAUAUGUUCACCAUAGAAUGGUUAAGAUCGGGUGCUAUAUGGAUACGACUGUUGUAAAUGCUGCUACUACCUUAUGCAGAUACAGAGGUAUUGCAUGGAAAUUGGACUUUACGAACCGUGGUGCGCAAGUUGCACUGAGAGUUCAACUUAAGUUAUAUCACGACAUUUCAUUUAGCCAACACUCACCAAAUGCCUCAUACUUCUUCUAAAGCAUCUUGCUCUGUAAUCCCGUAAGGAAUUUGGUGAGUACUACGGGCAACGAUAUUCAUAAAAAAAAGAGAUAAAGUCCAGAACCCGUAUAGGAGUCAUUAUUAAAAAUGUAAGGAUGCGUAUUUUUAUGAAAACGCGGUAAUAACACGCAAGGAUUAACUUACCGGCGCCCAUGCUGAUUGGUUGGUUGGUUCCUAGAAGAAUGGAUCAAUCCACAACGGGGGAUCGGCCAUCAAUCGUGCGGCAGUAGAACUUUUGAAAGA